CAAAACAAAACAACCUCCAAAGACACGCGCAGAGAAAAUGAUCGCUGUCAGAAAGCGGUGCUCCUCGCCGCCAGAUCCCCACCGUAUUGCAACCCCGCUGCUUCCCUUGCGUGCAGCGCUCCUUUGUGGAUUCCCGUCUUGGGAACGGCGGUGUGCCUCGCUCGGCCCCACUCCCGGGUUUCCUUCCCGAGCUCCCGCCUCAGCCCGGGGCUCCCCUGCGCCUGCCGCGAGGGCUCGGGCCCAGCGCCCCUCGCGCCCGCCUGCCGCUCCCCGGGCUCCACUUUCACUUUCGGUCCCGGGGCCGGCGAGGCAGGCGGCGGCUGCGGCGGCGGCGCGAGGGUGAGCCGGCUGGGUCCCAGCCCCACAAGUAGUCUGAGCAAGAAGAUGAUAUCUCUGUCUGUCAAAUGGCCACUUGGAACCAUGUCAUUUCUACUUUCCUCACUGUUGAUUCUCUUAACUCCUUCCUGGUGUCGGAGCAGUGAAGCUACUACAUCUCCAAAAACUAGUGAUGGGACACCAUUUCCUUGGGAUAAAAUGCGGCUUCCUGGGCACGUCAUUCCAGUUCAUUAUGAUCUCAUGAUCCAUGCAAAUCUCACCACUCUGACUUUUGAGGGAACCACGGAAAUAGAAAUCAGAGCCAGCCAGCCCACCAGUACCAUCAUCCUGCAUAGUCACCACCUGCAGAUAUCUAAAGCCACACUCAGGAAGCGAGAGAGGCAGUCUGAAGAACCACUGAAAGUCCUGGAAUAUCCACCUUGGGAGCAAAUCGCGCUUCUGGCCCCCGAGCCUCUGGUGGGGGGGCUGCUGUACACAGUUGUCAUCCACUAUGCUGGCAAUCUCUCUGAGACUUUCCAUGGCUUUUAUAAAAGCACCUACAGAACCAAGGAAGGGGAAGUGAGGAUACUUGCAUCAACACACUUUGAACCUACUGCAGCCAGAAUGGCCUUUCCCUGCUUUGAUGAACCUGCCUUCAAAGCGAGUUUUUCAAUCAAGAUCAGAAGGGAGCCAAGGCACCUCGCCAUCUCCAACAUGCCGUUGGUUAAAUCUGUGACUGUUGCGGAAGGACUCAUAGAAGACCAUUUUGAUGUCACUGUGAAGAUGAGCACCUACCUGGUGGCCUUCAUUAUUUCAGAUUUUAAGUCUGUCAGCAAGAUGACCAAGAAUGGAGUCAAGGUUUCCGUCUAUGCUGUGCCAGACAAGAUAAAUCAGGCAGAUUAUGCACUGGAUGCUGCGGUGACUCUUCUAGAAUUUUAUGAGGAUUAUUUCAGCAUUCCAUAUCCCUUACCCAAACAAGAUCUUGCUGCUAUUCCUGACUUUCAGUCUGGUGCUAUGGAAAACUGGGGACUGACAACGUACAGGGAAUCUUCUCUAUUGUUUGAUGCUGAAAAGUCUUCUGCAUCAAGUAAGCUCGGCAUCACGAUGACUGUGUCGCAUGAACUUGCACACCAGUGGUUUGGGAACCUCGUCACUAUGGAAUGGUGGAAUGAUCUUUGGCUAAAUGAGGGAUUUGCCAAGUUUAUGGAAUUCGUGUCUGUCAGUGUGACUCAUCCAGAACUGAAAGUUCAAGAUUAUUUCUUUGGCAAGUGCUUUAGUGCGAUGGAGGUUGAUGCGUUAAAUUCCUCACACCCUGUGUCCACACCUGUGGAGAAUCCUGCUCAGAUUCGGGAGAUGUUUGAUGAUGUUUCCUAUGCAAAGGGAGCUUGUAUUCUUAAUAUGCUAAGGGAUUGUCUUAGUGCUGAUGCAUUUAAAAGUGGUAUUGUCCAGUAUCUCCAGAAGUAUAGCUAUAAAAACACAAAAAAUGAGGACCUGUGGAAUAGCAUGGCAAAUAUUUGCCCUAUGGAUAGUGCACAAAGGAUGGAUGGCUUUUGCUCUAGAGGUCAACAUUCAUCUUCAUCCUUACACUGGCGACAGGAAGGCCUUGAUGUGAAAACCAUGAUGAACACCUGGACGCUGCAGAAGGGCUUUCCCCUGAUAACCAUCACAGUGAGAGGGAGGAACGUACACAUGAAGCAAGAGCACUAUAUGAAAGGACAAGGCGAUGCCCCAGAAACUGGGUACCUGUGGCAUGUUCCAUUGACAUUCAUUACCAGCAAAUCAGACUCAGUCCAUAGAUUUUUGCUAAAGACAAAAACAGAUGUGCUCAUCCUCCCAGAAGAGGUGGAAUGGAUCAAAUUUAACGUGGGGAUGAAUGGCUAUUACAUUGUGCAUUACGAGGAUGAUGGAUGGGAUUCUUUGAUUGACCUUUUAAAAGGAACGCACACAGCAAUCAGCAGUAAUGAUCGGGCCAGUCUCAUUAACAAUGCAUUUCAGCUUGUCAGCAUUGGAAAGCUCUCGAUUGAAAAAGCCUUGGAUUUAACCCUGUACUUGAAACAUGAAACUGAAAUUAUGCCCGUGUUCCAAGGUUUGAAUGAGCUGAUACCUGUGUAUAAGUUAAUGGAGAAAAGAGAUAUGAAUGAAGUGGAAACUCAAUUCAAGUCCUUUCUCAUCAGGCUGCUGAGGGACCUCAUUGAUAAGCAGACUUGGACGGACGAGGGCUCGGCCUCAGAGCGAAUGCUGCGGAGUCGGCUCCUCCUCCUGGCCUGUGUGCGCAAGUAUCAGCCCUGUGUGCGGAGGGCAGAAGGCUAUUUCCGAGAGUGGAAGGAAGCCAACGGAAAUCUGAGCCUGCCCAACGAUGUGACCAUGGCAGUGUUUGCUGUGGGUGCCCAGAACCCGGAAGGAUGGGAUUUUCUUUAUAGUAAAUAUCAGUCGUCUUUGUCCAGUACUGAGAAAAACGAAAUUGAAUUUGCCCUGUGUAUGAGCCAAAAUAAAGAAAAGCUUCAGUGGCUACUAGAUCAAAGUUUUAAGGGAGAUAUAAUAAAAACUCAAGAGUUUCCAGAUAUUCUUAUAUCUAUUAGCAGAAACCCGGUGGGAUAUCAAUUGGCUUGGCAGUUUCUGAGGGAAAACUGGAAUAAACUUGUACAAAAGUUUGAACUUGGCUCAUCUUCCAUAAGAUACAUGGUAAUGGGAACAACAGAUCAAUUCUCCACAAGAGCACGGCUUGAAGAGGUAAAAGAAUUCUUCAGCUCUUUGAAAGAAAAUGGUUCUCAGCUCCGUUGUGUCCAACAAACUAUUGAAACGAUUGAGGAAAACAUACGUUGGAUGGAUAAGAAUUUUGAUAAAAUCAGAGUGUGGCUGCAAAAUGAAAAGCCUGAACUGCUGUAACAAUUCGUUCCUUGCCGGGUCCUGUGAUCUAUUAUCACCCACAUUUUGUUGAAUGUGAAUAUUUUCAAACUAGAGAUGGCUAUUUUGGCUCCUGCUGAAGAUACUUCCUUUUCCUUCUACUUGUUUGACGGUUCCUGUGAAAAGACUGGCUGUUCAUUUUUCAUCCAUGGGUUAUUGCCACCCCAUGUUUCAUUUACAUCUGUUGCCCCGCAAUGUAAACCCAAGUGGUGGGUUCUCUACUACAGAGGAGUAAAGUACCUUAUUCUUCUCAUUUUAUGUUUUAUACUUAAGCCCGGAGAGGUCUCCAAACCCCUGCUCCCCACGUGUUUGUCAUUCAUAAGCUGUUUUGUCUCCUUGCAAGACUGUGAAUAGUGGGGGUCACUGAACAACGAACACUUGGAUCAGCAACUAAGCCAGGACGCACCUGACCUGCUGUCCACCUUUCUCUUCCUUGCUCCAUGCCAGGGGGCUGAUUUGUAGGCCCACAGCAUCAGGCUUCCUCGCCUUCUGGCUUUUGUUCAAUCUCUAAGGAGGGCAGAUUAGAGCUGGGGCGCGGGAGAGAGUAGGUGAGGUGUUUAUUCUCCUGGUUCCUUUGCAGGUUGCUUCAGGCUGGCCUCCACCAGAGGUCUCAGCUCCAGAGAGGUAGCCCUCUUUUCCCACACAGCCUUCUCCCUCUCUGCAUUCUAGUAACUGCCCCUCCUCUCAUCCCUUCAGGAUGAGGGUGAAGCGGGAGCCUGCCUUUUACUAGUCCUGCCUGCACUUGUGGUUUCCAUACAUCCUGCCCACACCUUUAUUAAAACAAACAAAACAAACCUAUUAUAGAACCCUCCUCCGAUAAUCCUAAUUUGAGUGUGUCAUCUGUUUCCUCAGGGACCCUGACUGAUACAGUGUCCCUUCUGAAAAAGCAGAGUGCAUUCAGGGCUAAAGGAGAAAGCUUUUAUUUGAAGUUGAACCUGAGAGUUGUUGAUCCUUAGAUAGGUGUUGCUUCCUCUCCCUGCUUGUUACUUGACCUAGUUUAUAUAAUUCCUAAAAAACUCGUUAUCGGCACUUAUUACCCAAAAAUCAUUGAAGAGUCUCCAAUAAAUGCUAACGUAUUGUGAAACUGAAAAUAUUUGCUUUGGGCCAGCCCCGUGGCUUAGCGGUUAAGUGCGCGCGCUCCGCUGCCGGCGGCCUGGGUUCAGAUCCUGGGCGCGCACCGACGCACCGCUUGUCCGGCCAUGCUGAGGCCUCGUCCCACAUACAGCAACUAGAAGGAUGUGCAACUAUGACAUACAACUAUCUACUGGGGCUUUGG